CGUGUACAUGUGUUUGUGUCUGUGCGUGUGCAUACGCGUGUGUGUGGGUGUGCGCGCGCGCGCGUCUGUUCACGCCAGCUCUCUCCGGUCAUGAGAGGAAAGAUGGAGGUCUCCUCGACGGGGGACCGUGUUUUCGCGGCUGAAGCCAUUCUGAAGCGCCGCGUCCGUAAGGGGAGACUCGAGUACCUGGUGAAAUGGAAAGGAUGGGCCAUGAAGCACAGCACCUGGGAGCCGGAGGAGAACAUCCUGGACGACCGACUGAUUCUGGGCUUUGAGCGGAAGGAGCGGGAACAGGAAAUGCACGGGCCGAAGAAACGGGGCCCAAAGCCCAAGACCCCCACCGGGAAGACUCGGGCUCAGAAGGGAGCGUCCAUGGGCGGAGCCUCAGACACCCGCCACACUACGCCACGCUCCGCCCCCGGCAGAGCACCUCCCUCCUCCUCCUCCCCCGCCCCGCCCCACGCAGCCUCUUCCUCCUCCUCCUCCUCGACUGUGGCGCCCUCUCCCAAACUCAACUCCCUGGCGGCCACCCACAAGCUGAAGAAAGACAUUCACCGCUGCCACCGGAUGUCCCGGCGCCCCCUCCCCCGCUCUGACCCCAUGGCGCCCUCCUUCUCCACCCCCGGCGGCCUCCCCUCCCGCCUGCGCGCCUCCCCCUUCUCUGAGACCGUCCGCAUCCUCAACCGCAGGGUCAAACCCCGGGAGGUCAAGAGAGGUCGCAUCAUCCUCAACCUGAAGGUCAUUGACAAGCCGGGCCGGGGGGGCGCGGGCGGCCGGAGCGUCACGGCGGGGCGCCACAACAUCCCGUCCCGCAACCGCAUCAUCGGGAAGAAGGGCGACGCCCCCUACCGACCUUUCCAGCCGCCCCUGAAGAUGCUGGGCUUCCCCAUGUACGGGAAGCCCUUCGGGCUGCAGUGCGGGGGCCCCGUGCCCCCUCAGUCCCACCCGGGCUCCAGCGCCGGCGCCGCUUCUCCUUCAGGCUCCGCCUGUCCCGAAAGGAGGUCCUGCACCAGCAGCUGCUCGCCUCUCGCAGAGCCCAUCGACUCCAGCGGGGCCCCCACGGGGUCCCAGAAGGCCCCCAACGCCAAGCCGGGGGAAGCUUCCUCCGAGCCCCUCCUCAGGAGGGAGGAGCAGGAGGAGGAGGGGGAGGCGGCGUCGGACAGUAGCGCCACUCAAGAGGGAGGCAGGAAAAGCGCUUGUGAACGCGGGGCAAAGCGCCACCAGCCUGUCGCCCCCGGCGACCAGAGCGCCGCCCUCGCUGACCCUCAAAGGCCCCCCGCCGAGGGAGACCCCAACUGGCACCCAGAGAUGGCGCCGAGCUCCAAGGACGUGGUGGUCACCGACGUCACCACCAACCUGGUCACCGUAACCAUAAAAGAGUUCCCCUCCCCCGCCUCCCCUUCAGCCAGCGCCGAUGCUCCCUCCUCCCCCCCCGGCGCCCCGCCCUCCUCUGACCCUCCACCCAAGCCAUAGCAGACCCCACCCCUCUGAGACGCGCCCAUGUUUGUGUGAUGACGAAUCAAACGUAACCGUUGCAUAGGAGAAGAGCUUAUUUUUUUUUAACCCUUUGGACGCAGCUGACACGCCCCUUAAAUCGCCAUAUUUCGUCCACCUGCGCGGCGCCGACUCUGCAGGGGGAGGAGCCUAUCUGUUAGACGCUUGGCUUGUUGGUGUAAAACGUGUUUGAGCUUCGUAAUCAAACUCUGCGCACGUGAGAGACACAAAUCUCCUCCCCCUUUUUGCACUUGGCACAUCUGGACCCAUCAUUUGAGUGUUUUCAUGUAGUUCAUCAGCCAUUUUGAAUCCAGAGCAGGUGUUGGUUCCUACUAAAUGAGAUAUUUAUGUGCUGCAAUAAGAUUUCAUCCCAAUGACCUCGGCUCGGACCUGGCCCUGCUUCUGAGGGCUACGGGCCGCGUGGGCUGAACCAUGGUCCUCAGAGACCUGCAGGUCGUCAUGGCGACGGCUCUCUGCCUCCCUUUGUUAAUAAACUGUCAUGAAAUGAUGCUUCACAGAGUUCAUCCGUGAGUGACAGGUGCUUCUGGGCGCUGUUUCUAUGCAGUCGUCAGGGGCAACGCGAGGGAUUUAUGACGCAUGUAUUACAUGAAGAACACACGCACAAUACAUGAAAAAUCUACACACACACACGUGUGUAGAUCUGUUUGUGGCCUCCAUCAUGAACAGGCUGUUGAUUUAUUCACAUUCAGACUUUUGUAAUCUUCUACAGGUCUUUGACUUCUUCUGCUUUCAUGUGUGAUGUCAUCAAAGGAGAUUUUAAAAUAAGCAUAAAGACGCUUUGUGUAUUGAAAAAGCUCUUUGUGUUUCUCGUGUACUUUAAUACCUGUUUUUAAACAUAUGCAUAAUAUGAAUGUUUCCUUUUGAAUGCCUUGUUUCUAUGAAUAGUCCAACGUGGGUUUGUCGGCGGCUGGUUUAAUGUGUGGAAUGAAUAAUGUACAUUAUGAGGACGUUCUAACCCUUAUUGUUCACUUUGUGGAUCCAGUGUUGUUGCUUUAUGUGUUUCUGGCUUUUGAUUAAAAGCUCUUUGAAGAGAA